UGAUAACUCAUACUGCUUACAUUUUUAGCAAGGAAAAACUGCACUUGCUGUAGCAUCCAGAAGCAAUCAUGCCUUGGUUGUAGACAUGAUUAUAAAAGCAGAGAGGUACUACAUCUGGAAACAGGAGCAUCAGUGUGAUGAUGUGUCAAACCUAUCUUUUAAACAAGAUCAUAACAUGCAGACCAAACAGAUCCGCGCAUCUCUUUGGAAUCUAGCUUAUAAUGGGUUAAAAAUGCGAGAAUGGACAAAACUGGCACAGUUUUGGAAGUUUACAGAUGAACAAAUCAAAGCAAUAGAAGAACAGUGGACAGGGAAAAAGAGCUACAAGGAACAUGGACACAGAAUGUUUCUAAUCUGGUUACAUGGUGUUCUCAUGGCUGGCCAGAAUCCCAUUAAACACUUAUAUGAGGAUCUGGUGAGCGGGGGAUUUCAGCAACUGGCUGAAAAGUUCAGAGCAGAAAAUAAUGCUGGCACAGAAUCCAAGAAAUGUUCAGUUUCAUGAAAUUCAAGGGAAUUUGAAACAAUGACAUGGAAUAAUAAAUGAAUAUUAAAAUAUUAUUUACAAACAAAUGCUCCAAUGUUUCCCUAUAAAGAAAGCCCUGAACAUCUUCUCAUCACUUCUGCAAUAUAUCCCACCCCAUCAACUUUGCAGCCCCACCCAACCAGGACUUCUCAACCUCCAUUGACUCUUUCCAAUCCCACUUCACCAGUCAGAAUUCUCCAGCUUACCAAUUCCGUUUUUUUAAAUCUUGGGUGGCUGUACCCCAAAUUUUUUUGUCCUGCAAAAUAGGAGUGACCUAGAUUUGGCAAUUGCAUUUGGAGCUGGAAGAAAGGAUAUGGGGUUAUAUGAGUUCUUAGAUACCAAAAGCAGUGGGGAAAUGAACAUAGUAAUGGCUGGAAGUUUGCUUGAAAACAAUUUUAGUCAGUAGUGGGUUAUUUUUUUUCUGUGUAUGGCUGAGGGUCUCCUAUGGGAGUCCACUUGCACCUGAGGGCACAUUUUCAAUCCUGCCAUACAACAUGCAGAUAGUGCUCUUUCAGUUUAUUUUUCUGCAGAAUCAAAGAAAUAUUUUCCUCAGACAAGAUAGUUACAUUGCUUCUACAAAUAUACUUCUAAAAAUCUUUGAUAUUUUAAAUAAAAUAUUUUCCAAGAACAGUUGUGUGGAAACAAUAGCACAUUAGAUUAUGAACAAAACAAAUGAAGUAGGAUUUAAAGGGCUAUACAAACUCUUUUGUCUCCAAGCACUUUCAUCUCAUAACCAAAUCCUUUUGACUUUCUUUAUAUUUGAGACCCUUUGAGGUAGAAAUCUGACAGGAAAAUAUGCACACAGCAGUGCCAAGUACAAAACUGCUACCUUGGAUCUAAGGUGGUAAUUAUAAGAUAUUUAAAUUGUAAUCCUAAACAUAUUUCUUUGGUAAUAAAGUUAUAUAGAAAUAAUGCAUGAGUAGAGAAUUAGAAACCAAAAAGCAAAAGACUAAUAAAUCUGGUUGGAUGGUAGUGAUGAGGUCCUGAGAAAGAUAUAAGAACUUUAAAGAACAAAAAGCAGUAUGAAUCAGUGGAUGGGUGUGGUAGAAACAAAGCUGGUGUGCAAGGACAGAAAAUAGGAAAAGCAUAGUGAUGGUGUUGGUGUAAACUAGAUUUAGUUAGUUUAUUUUUCACUUAUUUUCUGCCUCCAUCUGCUUUUGCUUACUAUUUAUUCCUUUUGAGUACUUGUUUACCCCAAAUGGGAAUAUCAUGAUGUGUAUAUAUGUAUGAAGAAGGUAGUGGUAAAGCACUUCCAUACUGUUGUCAUGGAUGUGUCCAUAUAGUAACCAGGAGCCAAGCUCAACCUGAGGCAGACCUUGCCUUUAUAUUAGGAAUCUGAUGCAAAUAAAUAGACUAUUUACUUUGUUAGUGUAAAUUUAAACCACAUUUGCCCCUUUAGCAAUAGUUAUUGCACGUAACAAAAAAAGCUUCUAAACAAAUAUGGUUUGGGCCUGAGCCUACACACCCACGGUACAGCUGCAGCCAUCCAGAUUUGAAGGAGAAAAAGUGAUUUGGAGCACACGGGCUGUUCGUGUAACAACUUCAGCAAUGCCUUAAAGAAGCUAUGUCUUUUGUUAGGAUGUAAAAGAUGCAUCUGAAGUGCUAACAUGGCUAAAUGCACCUCCCAUCACCUUUUCCUUUUCAAAUCUGAAUCACUACACAGCCCAAUCCCUAGUAUAUUACUUGUCUGACCACUUCCAACACCUGUUUUACUACUUAAGCUCCUGCAUCCAUUUUACAAACCUAGAUCAUCGCUUUAUGCUGCAGUUAGUCAUUUAGUAGUAGGCAUACAAGUGGUGUACACCUAAGAGUUCUGUCUAACAUUACCUUAGGGGGAAGCAAGUUGCUAUAGCAGGUUGUCUUCCCCUGUUGGUACUCCUAUUUGACCACAAGGGUGGGCAAUAUGGGUGGAAAAAUCCUAGAAACAGCUCUCGUAUUGGUGAGGUCUAGUUAAUAAAGCACCAUUAGCACACCAAAGUCACUGCUUUCUUCCACGCUGCCUCUUUUUCUUCUUUCUAAGCAUUGACAUCAGUUCCCACAUUCCUUUAUGCAUUACUUCCUACUGUGGUCUCCUUAUAGUAGCAUAAGAGAUAGCAAGAAUGGAAAAGUAUACGGAGCUACAAGAAGAUGAAACCCAUGAACAUGAAAUUGUCAAGUCUUCAUUGUUCCCACCGCAAAUUGCAAUGGAAAAUCAGAAAAAAAUUACCAGCAUGGAGAAGACUCACAGCUUUGCUAUUUUACAUAAA